GGUUCCCCCCCAGGCGGUAGCGGCGGCAGCGGCAGCGGUGGCGACAUGAGCAGCGGGGCGGCGUCCGGGACAGGGCGGGGGCGGCCCCGGGGCGGGGGGCCGGGGCCCGGGGACCCCCCACCCAGCGAGACACACAAGCUGGUGGUCGUGGGCGGCGGCGGCGUGGGCAAGAGCGCGCUGACCAUCCAGUUCAUCCAGUCCUACUUCGUGUCUGACUACGACCCCACUAUUGAAGACUCCUACACGAAGAUCUGCAUGGUGGAUGGCGUCCCAGCCCGGCUAGACAUCCUGGACACCGCUGGCCAGGAGGAGUUCGGUGCUAUGCGGGAGCAGUACAUGCGUGCAGGCCACGGCUUCCUGCUGGUGUUUGCCAUUAACGACCGGCAGAGUUUCAACGAGGUGGGCAAGCUCUUCACGCAGAUCCUCCGAGUCAAGGACCGAGAUGACUUCCCCAUCGUGUUGGUCGGGAACAAGGCAGAUCUGGAGACACAGCGCCAGGUCCCCCGAUCCGAAGCCUCCACCUUCAGCGCCUCCCACCACGUGGCCUACUUCGAGGCCUCGGCCAAACUGCGCCUCAACGUGGACGAGGCCUUCGAGCAGCUGGUGCGGGCCGUCCGGAAGUACCAGGAACAAGAGCUGCCGCCCUGCCCGCCCAGCGCCCCCAGGAAGAAGGACGGGGGUUGCCCCUGCGUCCUCCUGUAGGGACGGGAGGGGAGCAACCGGCACGAGCUCUCGGGACCAGCUGCCCUCGCCGAGCUUCUUUCCCCAUCCGGGUCUCCCAGGAACACUAC